AUGGACAAGUUUACCGUCUCUCAGACCACCGACCACGAGGACAUGCGCUCGUCGGAUGAUACGCAGCGCGAGAAGGGCAGCGAGCAGGACCGUCGUGAUAUGGAACGGCUGGGGGUCAAGCAGCAGCUUAGGAGGAAUUUCACAUGGCUAUCCAUCCUCGGCCUCAACGUAAUCGUGGGCGGCACGUGGUUCUCCUGGCUGACCUCAUUAUCCUUCGUCUUUCUCAACGGCGGCCGCGGCGGCGCCUCGUGGAUCUACGUGGCCAGCUGGGUCUUUUCGGUGUUCACCGUCCUCUCCCUCGCUGAAAUGGCGUCGAUCGCGCCGGUCGCGGGAGGCCAGUACCAUUGGGUGUCCAUCUUCGCGCCACCACGACUGCAAAAGCCUCUCAGUUACCUCACUGGAUGGCUGAGUACUCUUGGGUGGCAGGCUUUCGCUGCAGCGUCCGCUUUCGCUACGGGUAACAUCAUCCUCAUUCUCGCCUCGAUCACGAACCCCCAGUAUGUGCCGACGAAGUGGCAGGAAGCCUUAAUCACCAUCCUGAUCGCCAUCAUCGCCGCGCUCUUCAACAUCUUCGCUGCAAGAGGCUUGCCCUUUUUCGAGAGAUGGAUGUUUCUCUUUUUCUUUGCCGGCCUGUUUGCGGUGCUGAUCCCCCUCUGGGUCCUGGCGCCCAAGGCGUCUUCAACGGAAGUCUGGACACGAUUUGGCAGCUUCGGCGGUUGGGCCAAUCUGGGGCUCGCAUGUGCGAUUGGACAGUUAACUUCGGGAGGAGCGAUGAUCGGGGCGGAUGCUGCUGUCCACAUGGCUGAAGAAGUUCGCAACGCAUCGUUGGUCGUCCCCUGGGCCAUGGUAGGCACGGUCGUGCUGGGCCCAGCACUAGGCUUCGCCAUGUGCAUCACCAUCAACUACAGCAUCCAGAGUCUGCAGCAACAAAUCGUCGAUUCCACCGCCGUAUACCCAUUCAUCAGCAUCUUCCAGCGCGCAGUGGGGAGCCAAGCCGGCGCGGUUGGCAUGACCGCCGCAAUCGUAGUGCUCUCUUUCGCCGCGGCCGUCAACUCGAUCGCCGCAGCAUCACGAGAAGGCUGGGCCUUUGCCCGCGACGGCGGAUUCCCACUGUCCAGAUGGUGGGCCGCGGUACGAGUAGUCGGCAAUACUCCUGUCCCCGUCCUCGCCACGCUAGCAGCAAACUGGCUCACCGUCUUCUCCGCGCUCUUGAACCUGGCGAGUUCGGAAGUCUACGAUGCCAUCAUCUCCUUGGCCACGGGCGCCGUGUGUGGCAGCUACGUCCUCAGCAUCGGCUCCCUGAUCUAUUGUCGGCUUCGUGGAAAUGGCCUUCCGCCUCGGCAGUUUUCGCUGGGACGAGCGGGCUUGUUCGUGAACGUGAUUGCAUUCUUGUACAAUGCCCAGCUCGUUGUCUUCUCAUACUUUCCUGUACUGGCUCCUGUCACUUCGACUAAUGUGAACUACGGCCCGGUUGUUUUCGUGGGUGUCAUUGCCCUCGCGGGGCUGUGCUAUCUGUUCCUGGCACGGACUUAUACGCCUCCCAUUGUCCAUUAUUCCAGAGAAGAUUAA